UGUUUUAUAACUGUCAUGGCGACCUGUCGGUGAACAGCUAACGCGUUAGCAAGACGCUUUGAGAUUUACAACAGCGCGUUUUAAAAGUCGUCGUAAUUUUAAGAACACUUGAAUGUAAAGGAUAAAAAAAAACAUGGGGACUGUACAUGCAAGAAGUUUGGACCCUCUUCCGAUGCAAGGGCCGGAGCUGGGGGUUCAAGCAGAUGACCUGGACAUUGGAGAAGCAGAGUACGAGCCUCAGCAGGAAGUUCUGGAAAACAAAGACGUUGUGGUUCAGCAUGUACAUAUAGACGGGCUUGGAAGGACCAAGGAGGAUAUCCUAACAUAUGAGAUUGCAGAUGUCUUCAGAGCCAAGAACUUGAUUGAUGUGAUGAGGAAGAGCCACGAUGCCCGACACAAACUGCUGCGCCUGGGAAUAUUCAGACAUGUGGAGGUCGUCAUUGAUACUUCACACGGUGAGGACGCACUGCCUAAUGGACUGGACGUCACGUUCGAGGUGAAGGAGUUCAGAAGACUGACUGGAAGCUAUAACACUAUGGUGGGAAACAAUGAGGGAAGCAUGGUGCUAGGUUUGAAACUGCCUAAUGUUUUUGGCCGUGCCGAGAAGCUGACUUUUCAGUUCUCCUACGGCACUAAGGAAACAUCCUAUGGCCUCUCUUUCUUCAAGCCUCAAGCCGGACACUUUGAACGCAAUUUUUCUGUCAAUAUCUACAAAGUCACAGGGCAGUUCCCGUGGAGUUCACUGAGAGAGACUGACAGAGGAAUCUCCACAGAGUUCAGUUUUCCUAUCUGGAAGACGAACCACACGCUGAAGUGGGAGGGAGUGUGGAGAGAGCUCGGCUGUCUGGCUCGCACUGCCUCCUUCGCCGUCAGAGAGGAAAGCGGUCACUCCCUCAAGUCCUCACUCUCACAUUCAAUGUUUAUUGACACACGCAACUCCCCCAUCCUACCUAAGAAAGGUGCCUUACUAAAGAUCAACCAGGAGUUGGCAGGUUACACUGGAGGAGAUGCCAGUUUCCUGAAGGAGGAUUUUGAAAUUCAGCUCAAUAAACGACUCUUCUGGGAUUCGGUCCUCUCAGCCUCUCUAUGGGGGGGUCUGCUGCUCCCCUUCGGAGACAAUCCCACUUCAAUAGCUGACAGGUUUUAUCUCGGAGGCCCAACCAGCGUGCGAGGUUUUAGCAUGUACAGCAUCGGACCGCAGAGCGAAGGUGAUUAUCUUGGUGGGGAGAUGUACUGGGCUGGUGGACUCCAUCUGUACACUCCUCUGCCAUUCAGGCCAGGUCGUGGCGGAUUCGGGGACCUUUUCCGAACACACUUCUUUCUCAAUGCCGGAAACUUGUGCAACCUCAAUUACGGCGAAGGGCCUCGAGCGCACCUGAGCCGACUGGCCGAGUGUAUCCGCUGGUCAUACGGAGCGGGCAUCCUGCUGCGCCUGGGGAACAUCGCACGACUUGAGCUCAAUUACUGCAUUCCCAUGGGAGUCCAGAGCGGAGACAGGAUAUGUGACGGAGUGCAGUUUGGAGCAGGCAUUAGAUUCCUGUAACACCAUGAAGCCAGUUACAUUAUCUACUUGGAAUGAAAAGAAAAGGAUUUUCACUGCAGUAAAGUAAAUCUGUCGAAAACUUCUAUGUAGAGUGAGAAUCUUUAUGGUUUAAUGUGUUUUUGGAUGCCACCAAAUGUGUUUUCGAGACAGAAGUCGAAGUAAAAGAAAAACGAAAGAACUCUCACCUGUAGGGAAAAUGAUUCCUCAGUGCAGUUCAGACUCAUCAUAUUUAUUUGUCUGAUCAGCUAAAAAAAAAAACGAAAUAAAAAAUGUUCCUCCCAUU